AUGUCUCAACCAGAAGAUCCGCGAGCUGCUAACAGGGCAAAAUUCGAACUAGAGCUCGAGUUCGUGCAGUCUCUGGCAAAUCCCUUUUAUCUGCAUUCUCUUGCUCAGCAAGGCAUUCUAAAUCAGCCAGUUUUCGUGAAUUUCUUGAAGUACCUGUUGUACUGGAAAGAAAAAGAUUAUGCUCGCUUCAUCCUAUAUCCCCAUGCACUUCAUCACCUGGAGCUGCUCCAGCAAGCGCAGUUCAGACAAGAAAUUGGGAAAGAUGAAUGGAGAGAAUACUUGAACCAAAAGCAAUUCGACCACUGGCGUACAUGGCGAGAACCCCAGAAGACAUCCAACGCGCAAAAUCCCGAGCCUCAACCGACAGCGGAUGGCGAUGGUGCUCCCAUUCUGAAUCCCGCUCAAUGA